UGUGUCACUGUGGUUGUGUUUAUUGUUUCGUUAUAUUUCUAUGGAGAGUUUAGUUGAAUGGCGUAUAGACCGUUGGAUUCCCAGAGAACAGCGUGCUCGUAACCUCUGCGAUGGUAAGUGAAAUGAGGAGCGAGAGCGGGCUGCCGUGGCGGCUGUCUUUUUUGCCAACGUUGUACGCAGGAGGCUUCACCCUCCCCUUUUGUCCUUUGGUUCUCUCCAUCCUCCCGCCGGUCUGGCCGGAUUUCUGUGCGUUUCUUGUCUGUUUCCCAAAGGCCAUCACUGCUAAAGGUCUUUGCUCCCCUUUGUUUCUGCGUUUACGCGAACUCUGGCCAGGCUGAUAGCUCCGUGACGAAAGUUCCCUCUCAGACUGCUUCAUAACGAAGUUAUACCGGAGUCCAAGGCUCCCCUAUAUUUUGUUACUUUUAUCGUUUUUCUCUCUCCCCUUUCUCUCAUUCCUAAUUUACAAACAAAUGAGAUCGUCUGCAGAUUCCCUUCGAGCAGCCACGGUAUAGCUGACAAAGUUCGAAGGAAGGUUGGCUCGUCGUGAAGUGACGUUAGGUGAAUGCCUUUAAUACAGCUGCUGCUAUGGGUCCUUUUCGGUUCAUCAUGGCCAUAAGGUGGCAAUGGGAUAUCAAAGGCGCACAGCAGGCUUCCGUUUUUGAGCUCUUUUAGUUUUGUAGAUGUCGCCAAUAUCUUUUGUCUACUUCUUAUUCGCAAAAGAGAUGAAGCCUUUUGGACACUGCACUUGAUCAGCAAGUGACGUUUACAGUGAAUGAUUCGGUGAGAGUCUGCGAAAACCCUCUGCAGGCAAAAUUGGUGCCAGUUAAGACUACCGUUCAUCCACCUAUGUGAACUUGUGUGUGAUAAUCGACGCCCCUGUCGCCUUUAACCGUGACCAUGGAGUUUAUACGUCAAGAAUUCACAUAGACGCAGCCUGUGGAUCCUGUAUAAUUGCCGUUGUACUCCGAGCGAGGGUUUGCCGCUUCUGCAUUUAUAUCAUUGUAUCUUAUGAAAUACCGAAUAGCAGGAGAAGUACAUUAUCAGUGAUUCACAAAUGACACGAACAUUUACACAAAAAAGGUAAUGCAGAAAUUCUGAGUCCUUAGUAAAUAAUAAGUGUUUACGUCAUGGCUUAAAAACAACGCUGCUUCCAUCUAUGUGCCAUGUAUUAUACAAAUGGGGUGAUCGCCCAUGACUGCAACGCAAAUUAGGAGCAACGCAGAGAAAUAUUGUUUCUACUCGCGUGAAGUCUCUAUUUGCAGAUGGUCGAAGCUCGGCUGCCCUUUCUAACCACCUUGCCAAACGCUGAAGCCACCCUCACCGAAAAGGUAUAAGCCUAGUCAGGUGAUUGUGGCAGCGGGCUCAGUCGAAGCCAAACCGGGUCUGGAGGAAGGAUCUCAUUGUGUCGGGGGUGGUUCGCUAUCUGCUGCUUACUGGCUUACUUCUCCCCAUCCGCUCCCUUGUGCUCUCUCGGACGUUAAAUAUAGGUACAAUGGGUAUGAGCGAGCGGUAGCCAGGUGCGGUGUGCGGCAAAACCCGUUGGCAGCUUAUAGCUUUCAUUCGAGCAAGGGCUUGUCGACGUGCUACUUGCUCAUUUGGCGUAUCCGUGCCAGUGAAACAGCAACGGGCAAGUGUUACGCAGUAGCCUGGCUGACCAACGCAUUAGGCGACACUGUGAAAGCUCGCCGGUUACAAGAGGCUCAAGUGCAUCAAGCCAUUGCGCGCGAGUAUCUUCCUAAAACGACAACGAUUGGCACCAUUUCCCGCCGGAAAAUUCAGGUAGAGUGUCCCUAUAUCAGCUACACAACGUUCUCCUUCCCCUUUUCGCCUUCACACUUAGUGUCAGUCGAUCUGGCUGACCAGCAUAUUCUACAUGUCAUCUUCAGUUUACGUUUCCUAACAACCGCAAAGAGCUGAUCGGUUCUAGAAACAGAAAGUCAAGCACUCACAAACUCGAUUAGAAACCUUCAUUUCGCCGCUAAGUUUGCCUGCAGUUAGAUCCGUCUGGCUACCGGGACCACAUAGAGAGGCAUGUACUUUUUUGUGGUGCUCGUAGGACAAAUGACGUAUUUCCACCUUAUCUCGUACCUGGGCAGAAAACGUUUCUUCCGUGAACGCAGUUGGGUACGACCCAGCAACUGAAAAACGCACCGUGGUUUCCCACAGAAUGGGAUUCUUCACUGGCAACCUUCGCCUGGAUACGUUGGUGCGAACUUUUAGCUAAAAUAAGCCAGAAAACGGUAACCAGAGGCUUGACUAAGCAGAGUCCCUCUUAUUUUACUAAGUUUAUUAUAAGCUUAGUUAAGGAAAUAAGUAGUGGCUAUAAGUGUCAAGAGUCGGCUUUGAUAGGAGAAGAACAGAUAUCGUUCUUCCCGAUGAGUCGCAAGAAAGACGACAAAUAUAAGCCGCAUGAUAAACGCGAGCGCCACGACAGGCAAGGUCAUUCGGAGAAACCGGGCUACGCUGGAUACUCGGGAUUUCGCGCGUUCAUGGAGUCUUCUAUCGUUCCGCACAAGGCCUCCCGACGAGCUUCUUUGCCUUAUCGAAACGUUAUGGAUCUUGCCAAGGCGCUCUGCAAGACUUGUCGUCAACGACGAGCCAGUUACGCCGCUGGAGUCAUCAUGGCCUUGCCAGGGAUUAUUCAGACAUUCCAGCCGGAUGAGUCCGGUCGUAAUAGCCCAGCGUCCUGCAAGCUGCGGGAGCAGGACCAGCAAUCCUCGUCGUCCACCUUGUCGAUCUAUGCAAGCAGUCAGGCAGCGCCGGGCAGUGCGGGAAGCGCAAGUUCCCCCCACCAGAGUCAUGAAAGUCACUGUCCCCACCGUGCCGGCCACCAGCAGCCAGCCGGCAAGUAUCGAAAACAUUCGAAGCGGCGCAGAGUCUCAACGCGAAGUGCGUCAGUAUCUGCUGUUUCCAUUGGCGAUUCCUCUGCCAGUACGAACGCGUGUAUCAGCGCCAACACCACUGUCAUGAAAUCUGCGGCCACCCCGCCAACCAUUCCGCCGCCAACGACCACUUCCGCUAGUCCACGACCGCUCUCAGAGAGCCGCCGCCCGUCAUACCAUAGCCGUAACCCGAGUUCAUCAUCUCUGAUGGGUGGAGGAGGUGCCGGAAGCGGGGGUUCGGGUGCGUCAGCUUCAGCUCUACCCUUGGCAGAUCCAAUUAGUCGAUCUGUCUCGAUGACGUCGGUAAAUUCGUGUGAUUUUCCCGAGCAUCGCCAUCUGCAUCACCAUCAUCAAUGUCUUACAGGGGGACCAGGGAUUGCGGUUUCCAAUCGCGGCCUCCAACAACAGAUUACUCAGCAGUCCGCAGCCCAAUUAUCCUUUAUAGUGACGGGUCCUGCUAGCGGAGCAAUAGUGGUGGAACGAGAAGACCUAUUAGCACUCACCCAUGACGUUCGAAAUUUCAAGGAAGCCCUUGGCAAGCUCAAGCAUGUUUUCGUGACGGAAAGAGAAAGGCUGAAUAACACUGAGCUGCUGGUGUCAGCCCAUGAGAGACUAGGCGAGGUACUUCGGAUCCUUCGCGAGAUCCUUCAGAAGUACUCACCCAUCCAAAGUUCGGUGCUCCUUCUCAGUGCAAGUAAUCUUAUACAAAACGUGAAGAACUACAAUUACGAAGAAAGUGACUCAGCAAUUGAAAAUAACUCCCAGAUGAUUUACGAUGCAAUUGAUCAACUGGCUCUCGCUUUUAGCAGCAGAGUGUCAGAGUAUCUCAUGGGCGACCUGGAUACAAAUGCCGGCAAAGCCAGGAGUUGCGAAAAUAUCGCUUCUCCAGACAGCGACCACCCUCGAGGAUAUGAAUCGGUGAGUCUGACAGCUCAGGACGUUGAUGCUCGCUUGAUGCGCUUGAACGAAGGUGUUGAAUGCGCCUUAAGAAGAGCUAAAGUUUGGUCAAAAUAUGCCAAGGACGUAAUGACGUAUGUGGAAAAACGAGCGCAACUAGAAGCGGAACAUGCUCGUAAUCUCUUGAAACUUGCCCAAACAAUGCGACCUCUGCUAAAGGAGGAAAGCUUUCUACCGUUCCAGUCUAUAUACUGUACAGCUAUUGACCAAGAUCUGGAUAAUGCCAACAAUUGUCUGUCCAAUUGUACGCUACUUCAUGACCACAAGUUCGUUGAACCUCUUGCUGCUGGCCGCAACGAACAUGACAAAAUGCGAAAGCAGAUCAAAGAGGCUUGGCAGCGUGAGCUCAAAAAGAUGCAAGAUGCUGAUUCAAACGUGCGCAAGUGCCGGUUAUUAUAUAUUCAACGUCAGCAUGAGUAUGAAAAGGCUCGUGAACGUGGGACCGAUGAGACAAUAGACCCGCAAAAAGCUGAACAGAAGGCAGAAAAACGUCGAAAAGCAGAAGAGGAGAUACUAGUCAAAGUCCGUGAAGCUGAAGCAGCCUACAAGGCCACCAUAGUGGAGGCCAACGAUGCAGCGGCGAGCAUUGAAAAAACAAAGGCUGACGUGUUAAAGCAGGUUCGAGAACUCAUCGUUCAGUGUGACAAUACAAUGAAAGCAGUGACGGUUGCUUAUUUCCAGUUACAACAUUCGGUCACAGCGCCAGCGCCAGUGCAGUUUCAGACUCUUUGUGAAAGCUCACGCCUGUACGAACCGGGCUCACAGUACACGGAAUUCGUUAAGCGUAUUCCUAUGCCAAUGGCUGGCAGCAAGCCGGAAAGGCCACAAUACACGUUUGAACCGUACAGGAGCGAAGCUGAGAUGGGCAGCGACGAAAACCUUGCCCGAGCUGGACUUCAGGAACGCCGACUCUCCACGGACGAGAAGAUCAAAAGGGCCUUGUGGCCUUCGAGCCACUCCGAUUCACGACCAUCCCAGGCAACCGUGCAAACGCGUCCUUCGAACGCUUGCCAGUCUAUAACCUCGGAUUCGGACUCGGUGUCCUCGAACAGGAGUAGAGAUACAAGUCCUACGGCCAGCCCUCAUCUAGCAGGCCAUACUAGUCAUACCGGACACGGCAUGGUGCAUGCAUCGUCAGGUGACGAACUGGAGGCGGACACGGUUGAAGCUGGCGCGGGCGUGAAUCGCAAGAUGUGCCUCUCUCGCGCGGCGGAGACUCAUAACUUCCGAAAAUUGAAGACCCCUUCGCGCUGCCGUGAAUGCGACUCAUACGUCUAUUUUCAGGGUGUCGAAUGCAGUGAAUGUGGUUUAUCAUCGCACAAAAAAUGUCUCGAGACGCUCGCUAUUCAGUGCGGCCAUAAGCGGCUGCCACGCCGCAUGACAACUUUUGGGGUGGAUCUAGUUGACCACGCGCAGUUUAGCUUUAACGCAUCCGAAAACAAUGUUGAGGAUGUACCAUUCAUUGUGAAGAAGUGUGUCAAGGAAAAUGAUAAGCGAGGUUGUAGCGUGCAAGGUAUAUACCGAGUGUCUGCUGCGAAAUCGAAGGUAGAGAAACUCUGCCAGUGCUUCGAGAAUGGCGCUGAAUUGGUUGACCUAAGCGACUAUCACCCCAAUGUAAUUGCCAAUGUGCUUAAACUCUAUCUAAGGCAAUUACCAGAACCAUUGUUAACGUACAACCUUUACCCCGAAUUUAUUGCUAUCGCAAAGGAAUUCCCCUCCAAUAGAGAGGAUAGCACCGCGGCUGUAGGCAUUCUACGGAAAACCGCUAAAAAUCUUCCGCGAGUCCAUUACUCUACACUAGACAACCUACUUAAACAUCUGCGUCGAAUAGCCUCUAACUCGGAGUCAAAUCAUAUGCCAGCGAGCAAUCUAGGCAUUGUAUUUGGGCCAACACUGCUACGCACACGCGAAGGUUCAGCUUCUCUGAGUAACCUCGUCGACACAGUCCAUCAGUCGAGAGUGAUCGAGCUGCUCAUCACCUAUGUAGACGAAAUAUUUGACACGGACAUGCGUGACAAAAGUGUAUCUGAUCUGCUGAACUUCCAUAAGUUGAGCGUCGACUCCGCGAGCGUGCCCCGCUCCAAAUCCGGCUCCUUCCGACGGAGGUCCGACAGAUCUGGGUCUAGAAGAGGCAAUAAGCCUUCCAGCAAAGAUGACUUUAAAUUGGAUUCUGCUCGUAGGGAGAGCGCUAAGGAGGGCGUAGGUCUUCUGAGUGCUACUAGUGCAACGAACAUCACGUCCGCGCUACAGGGGAUUAGCUCCUCCUCGCAUGAUCUCAACACCUCGCUCCAAUCGGCGAUAAUUAAUGGAACACCUAACACUUCCCUCGCCCCUUCGGCCAUAAAUGUAAAUACUCAUAGAACUAUAAAUACGUCAGAUAAGAAUACUAGCAGCCUAAGAUCGAACGUUGCUGUGACGUCACCAAAGCUUGCCGAAAAAAACAACGUACACGCGACGUGGUCAUUACCAUCGGAACCUUCGGAAGAUAAAGAAACGUCGCGCGCGGAGCUAAGGCCAGUCGGAAUUGGGGCUGGUGCAGGAAGCGUUUCCGCCAGUUAUCGUUCAGCAACUGGCAAUUCACUCAGCAUUACCAAGGAUCAGCCUACUAAAGCAGCCUCUAUGGCAGAACUCAGAAGACAGUUCUUCGAAAGUCCCACUACCAGCCUUGACGCCUCGCCUGCCAUAGCAGCACCUGUAAUUGAAAAUGAGAGUGAUCAAGCCCUAAAAAAAAUUGCCGUCAAUGAAGUGGUCGCCUUCGAAGACGCUGCAUCGAAAUACCUAAAAAGCACCACUCAUUGUGAAUUCUGCGGCGCGGGUGACCAGCAAGAAGGUCAAACGUCGUCAUUGUGCUCAUCGUGCUAUAAGAGCAAUCAGCUUGUUCAGCAAUCGGACGGAGCACCUGAAAGCGUGACUUCCACCGAAAAGGGCGGGUGCCACCAUUGUCAUAGUUGCCGUGCUAGCACAAACUCCGCAAAUUCCACAUUCAAAGACCCACAGGUACUACUAUUGGAAAAUGAACGUCUUGACUUAGCUAGCAGCUUAAGGUCACACGUAUCACUGCGCGAAACUCCGUCGUUGCGGAAGAAGUGGUUCAGCGCGGAAGAGAACUGCAGCGCUACGGCUACUAUUUUGGGUUCCGGUGUAAAUCCAGCAUCAGGUCCUGCGUCAAGUAGCACUUUUGCGGUGGUGCCGGGCAGCGGGCGCGGGACGCCCGUCAAGCCAGGCCUACACGCUACUCUUGAAGCCGCAGGCUCACUGCGGGAAGGCUCCGCCGCGGGACCCGGCACCGACCUCCGGAGGCCGCGGUUCGUCUAGGUGUCUUGUAAUCAACCGGAACAAUAAUCAGCGACGAGCCAAUAGUAGUAAAGUGUCUAUUUACACCCACCGUCGCGUUCGUUUAUACAAUUCAUUCAUUUUAAUGCAAGCGAUCACGAUAUUUCAACUAUUGCCAUCCCAUUUUAACUUAAAUUCGUUCAACAAUUUACUACAAUUCUCCAUUUUUAAACCAAGUACUGAUUCUCAGUCAUGUUAGAUGCAGUGCAACAUUUUCAGUGGUCUGUCCAGAACUACAAAAUUAACGUUAUACCGGGAACGUUAGAAUAUAUACACCAAGGCGCUGGAGUUUUUGCCACACUGCUUUUAAAAUCGACAGGAAGUGUCGAAAGUCGAGUUAAUCCUCAAGGUAUAAGAGCUGAGUGGGUUUAGAACCAUUGCUUCUGCUGGGGAAAUGGGGACACGUACGGGGAGACUGUUGGUUGUUUCUAGUACCAUUUCAAACAUAAAUCUAAGAACUUAAAGGACUUAUGCGUCAGGUAAUUUCCUGCUUUACAAUUUAGCACUAUAUUAACGCCAAAAUUCCAGGAAAUGGUCAGUUUCUUACUAGUUAGAUUACUAGAACAUAUGCUAAAAAUGUCAUUGCAAACAUUUAGUGUAACACAAGUUUUGAUGCAGAAGAAAUACGAGUAUCUUCAAGUAAUCUUCAAGACCGACAUUUGGAUUUUUUUGUAAUUAUCCCCUGAAACUGUUAUGGACUUCCGGGAAGUUGAGUUAUACUAGAAGAAAAAGCAAAGACCGUUUGUAACUCACAUAACCUUAUGAUGACCCCAGUCAUGGUAUAAAAAUUCUAAGCAAUUCGAAGUUGAGUCUAUCAAUUAAAAAAUUCUUCUUCAGUUGGUUUGUUACUGCUAGGCAUCUAACCAUUUGUUUGGCUUUUUUUUUUUGGCAAAGACGUGCAUUAGGUUCUGUACGCAGAUGUUCUCACAAUCUCCCAUCAGAACAGUAAUUUCUACACGGGCACGUAUUUUCUGCUUUGAAAUAGUAUAGUAGAACGGCGCUUUCGACAAUGACCCUCCGAAUUGCUAAUCAGAGGAAUCCGCAUAAGGUCAACAACAGUAUUGCAAGGCUUGGCUGCAAGAACUGCACAUACAAUACACAAAACAAACAUUUACUGCAAUCUACAGCGUCGCUCAUGGUGUAACUAUAUAAUUUAAAAAUGCGAGUUUCUGACGUUUACGGUGCGUGAAAAGUACUUCAUACGUUUGUCCAAACUAUUGGUGGUGACCAAAAGCCGCCAUCGUCAUGACAACGACGGAGCUUGUCAUAACAGCACUUUUUCUUCCUUAUUACAGAUCUUGCAAAGGCGAUAUUGUAUGUCCUCACAAUGCACAAAUGUCUAUCAUCAAAUACAUCGAGCUUAUAUAGAAUAGAAAGCACCAAUGGUGAAAUAGAUCCAACGGCCCAGUAGUUCUUUCGACCUAUGUAGAAACUAUGUAGAAAAAAACUGGGCUGCAGCUUGGUCAAUAAUACAAAAAGCAAGCCCGAUCUAGGUAGUGUUUUAGCCCGCGGUGAGAACUGGAAAAGAGAAAUUGCCGGGAUAAACGUAUUGUUUUCGGAUUGUUUUUAUAUGUCAGAACUUCCGAAGUUUGCGAAUUUUUUAUAGCAAUUUAAUCUUUAUUUAAAUAAAGUCACAAUGUAUAUGAAUAUUUAUUUCGUUGCGCACAUACGCCAAUAAUUUCCCUAAACUUAAGUUUGGUACUGAAUUCGGACAUCCACAAUAAAUUAUUGAUAAUUUGAGCUGAAUUUGAAUUGAAAUUUAUAAUUCAUAAAAUUAGUAUAAGAAUUGUAUCUUAAGAGCUUACCUGGGUUUACGUAAACUUUUAUAAUAAUAAAAGUUUACGAAAAGCCAGAUAAGCUCUUUCCCCUCAACUUGGAAUGUUGAGAGCUACGCUGAUGGUAUGUUUAUUCUGUGGUCACAGUACGUCAUAUGGUACGUCGCUGCAUUUUUGUAAAAAUAGUCUUGGAUUACAGAAGCGUAAAAAGAUCAAAUGUUUCUGUAGGUAACAAGUGUCCUAUGAUUCGUCUUUUGCGAUUCUGGUAAAAACAGAAAAUUCGAACUCUUUUCGACAGAUUUGCACAAACUUGUUUAAAAGCCGACGAAAAUAUCCUCACACAACUCGUAUUAAGAACAGGAUAUGUUCGUGGCUUGUUAGUAAAAAGCCAAGGCCAUUUUUAUGGUAGGUUAUCUGAGAGGUCUAACACGGUUAAUUAGUAGAAAUCACAUGACCGAGUACUCGUAUAGCAACCAUGUUUAAUCACAGACAUUAAAUAAUAUCCGAAAUAAUUAUGUAGCUGCAUGAUAGCGUUUCUUCAGCGACAAAUCCCGAUUUGCUCGAUUACUUCCCGCUUAAUCAGUAUAAGAAUAACUGGAAUGUUAGCAAUAAAAUACUUUCCCACAAAUUAAAUAUACGGCGAUUUUCGGUGCGUUCGAAAUUGCGUUGAACCAUCUGUGGCUCUACAAUUUUUACAGCAAAGUAGAAAUGAUUAUGUGCAGGUUUUAUCUAUGUUGUGAACGUACUAAACAAUCUACGUCAUGAAAUACAUUUUAGGAUCACAUCCUUGCUCUCACUAUCGGUGUGAACUAAAUACCUUGAGGAUCUUGAUUGCACAAUAAAUGGGUCAAGGUACGAUAAUUAAUGCGCUGUCAAAUCCCCGUUCCUAAUAACUAGCCGAAAACAAUGUUUGUGUAUCGUCGGACAGAAAAAGGCAAACUUGAACAACAGUGCAAAAUACAACCAAACAGUCCUCACGUCAUUUUCGGCUCAAAUAAAAGAGAGGCAUAUGGUUCUCUUGAGGCUACUGUUUUCACGAGCUCAAUAAGUAAUUUACUCAUAUGUUCCAUAAUUCCAUAACGGUUUCUCUGGCUAUGGCGUAAUCACGAUUCAUACUUCCUAUAAGCGUUUAUUUAUUAGGGUCAUACAAAUAAGGGGCUGCGAUCUAAAUUCAGAAAAAUUCAAGGCUAAUUUGGUGCAAUGUGAGUUGAGGUAUAUCAGUCAUUCGAUGAUGUGCUUUAAAUUCGUGUAAUUGGUUUGAUUUCAAGAACGCGUUACAGAUACAAACGUGAGAUUUCCCUAUGACGAAAUAAAGUUAAUAUUAUGCGACAAGCGUAUGGAUGAGGCAUGCGUUCACUCGCGAAGAAGACUACAAAAAAUACAUGAUUUUUCGUAUGACCCAAGCACAUUUGCAUACACAAACCCAUCAAUUUUAGUGAUUCAUCGAAAUUUUCCAGCUCAACUUAUUAUUAAUAUACAAUACAAUACCAAGUAAGUUAAAGAUAUAAGUUGAAGUUAGUUUCGUACAAAACGUGGAUUAUCGGAUAGAAAAGCACAAAAUGUAUUGCUGGCUUGCAAAAUGCAACAACGUAAUUGCUAUCAAAUCAAGACUGUGAAUAGCUGACAAGCUUUACUUGUAUAAAAUUUACAACUACCGAGUCACCAUGUACCCAGGGUACUGCAGUUUCCUAUUGGCAACUUUCUAUGAGAUUGCCUGUACCUUUCCAUGUGUUUAUAUAAGAUAACCUACGGCACAAUGCCAGUUUGUUCCAUAGUCGAGAUUGAUGCCUCCAUAUGAUUAACUUGACAUAGUCUGUCAGAGCUUGAGCUCUCAAAUCUUAUUUGUAUCAUGACAAAUCAAAAUUACGUAACGAUAAAUACUAAUGAAGACAUAUUACUAGAUUUAAUAACGGUUUUUUAAAACAAAAGUCAUAUCUCAUUCUCUGAAUAAGGUGAUGGGCGCAGGUAACUGAUGAAUGCAAUUAACCACACAUGGAAGAUUCUACGUAUAGGCAUAUCAGUUUAGAUGAAUUACCGUAAUGGGCUGUUCAAAGAUAGUUGCGACAAAACAAUGUAUGUUCAUCUAAGGCUGAUUGCUAUACAUGGAUUGAAAUAGCCCGUUAUUAUUGAGUUAUGACGGUAGUAGUUCCCACAAGAGGUCACGUAAAUAUACUCCGUCAACAAUAAGGAACACAUGCGAAAGUCUGUUUUAUUAACGAUAAACCAAAGGAAGAAGAUGGUAUAAUAAACUUCAGUUACCUCCCUUUGCUUUGAUAAACAAUUACUAUAUCCUACGGAUUUUACGUAGAUAUGACACAUGCAUAGACACAGUGCGUGGAUAACAGGAAGACAAAACCUAGAUGCAAGAUAACCCCGCAAAAAUGUAAAAGCUAGACAGAGCCGCCGGACUGGCAGCUCAUUCAAUGAAUAGGCACUGAAUGAAGAGGAACAAAUUUACGAGAAGUACAAUUUUUAUUUUGACAAGAAUCAAAUGAGUACAGAAAAUGUGCCGUUGCCAUAGAGAACUCAAGCGCCCGACAAACUAAUCAGCACUCACUCUAUUUACAAGGGGGCAAAACCUACUGAGAGCGUGGAUAUGAUUUAUAAAAAGAGAACAAAAAAUGGAAAAAACGAUCACGAUGAACAAAGCAAUUGUGAUGAAGGUUACGCACUAAUGCGUGUGUAAGAAAAAGUUUAGCAGAGUAUGAUUUCGACAAUACAGCACGUGAACCGUAGGGAUUUCAGACGUCAAGAUACAAGCAAGGACAUAUAGUAACCUACCCACAGUGAAAGGAGUCUAAAUAGUCGUCAAAUUAAUAGAUCGUCAUCAACAGGACCAUAAGAAAUUUGGGGUAGUUGAGGGUGCGGCAGAAUAUGGAUUAUAAAUGUGAAAACACCGUGUUAGAAUUGAAACGAUGAUCUUAUGAUGUAUUCGAACUCAUAGUGCGAACUUCCUAAAGGCUACGAAGGCCAGACGAGUUUCCAGGACAGGUAAAGCGUUCAUAUGAUAUUCUUGAGACGAGAUAGCCGAUCCACACUGAGUGGAUUUUAUUGUGUAACACAAUGAGAUGAUCAUUGUUAUACCCAACAUAGUUCGUCGAUCAAGCCAAAAAUCAACAAGAUAUUAACUUUGAGAAGAGUCAAAGCUGUUAGUUAUUAGCGAAUGGAUGCUCUGUAAAAGAUGUUAUAAAAAAGAACGCAGACACAAAACAAACAUUUAAGAACAGUUUCACAUACGGAAUUCAUGUAAUUGAACAUUCUCCCCUUCGAGAGUGAUGAUAGUAGAGUCAUCGGCGAAUCGAAAUAACGCGAUAACAACAUCUUUUUCUCACAAUAAUAACUGCGAUUGCACUCCAUUUGUUGAAUUAAAAUAUA